CUCACUCACUCCCCCACCAUCAUUUAUUAAGCACCUCCAAAUUUCAAACCCCACCGAAAUUCAAGAAACACAGGAGGAGAAAACGGGCGAGAGAGAGAGAGAGAGAGCAAAGAAUCAGCUGGGCAUAUAUACAUGGCAACGCUUCAGAAGUUCAAGCUGCUGGCGACCCAGUGCGGCGUGGCGCCGAGCCCCACGCGGAGCCCGAGGACGAGCCCGGUUGUCCAAUUCCGUCGCCGCAAGACCACUCUCCGAAUGCUGCUAGGCCGCCGAUCACCUCGCAUGGCUCACCCACUAAUCCCUCCUAUUUGUUCUCCGCAAAAGAAGGAGGACAAGGAUUUGGUGGCGGCGCAGGGACACAAAACUCUCAAGGACCUCUUCGGGUCUUCGCCGCCGUUCGGAGACACGAAAGAGACGAGUGUCGGUUCGAUUGUGAGCGGCGGUUUGAACGUUUGGAAAGCCGGAACGGCGUCUCCGAGGCCGGCCUGGACGGGUUUCCGGCACAGGGCGCUGUUGAGAAGGGCUUGGCGCCCCGUGCUGGUUACUAUUCCGGAGUAAUAAUCAUCUGGGCAUUUACUUAAAUUUAUUUCCUGUAAUAAAUUCGUGAACAUAAUAUGUUAUGUUCCGAUGGAGCAUAAUGCGACUCCCAUGAAAUUGUCUCAAAAAUUUUUGUUAAUCAGUCCGAUGUAUUUGUGUUAUUGCCAUUUGCCAUGCAACUUGGGUGAGUUUGUUGUAAUUUUUAUA